AUGUCUGAACUUGAGAAGGCCAUGGUGUCCCUCAUUGAUGUUUUCCAUCAAUAUUCUGGAAAAGAAGGUGACAAGCACAAGCUAAAGAAGUCUGAACUGAAGGAGCUCAUCAACAAUGAGCUUUCCCAUUUUUUAGAGGAAAUCAAAGAGCAAGAAGUUGUGGACAAAGUCAUGGAAACACUGGACAAUGAUGGAGACGGCGAAUGUGACUUCCAGGAAUUUAUGGCCUUCGUUGCCAUGGUUACCACUGCCUGCCAUGAGUUCUUUGAACAUGAGUAA